AGGCGGCGUUAUGAGCAGGGCUCUGACUCUAAAGACAGAGAAAUUCAUGAUCAGGAUUAUGAAAUCUCUCUGAUUGUCAGGAAACCGUCAGAAGAGUUGAGAGCAUAAAAGGAACUGUGACGGUAAAGAAGGAAGAAGACACACUGAUGGAGGAGGAACCGCUGCAAAUUUAGUCCGAAAACGUUUGGAUUAAAAUGAGAAAAACGGAGUUAUAAUAGUUUAAUAUCUUUGAGGACUUUUUUGUUUUGUUUUGUUUUUAUUUUUUGGGUGCACCAUGCGCAAUAGAUGGACCCGCCGGAGCCUGGUUGUCCUGGUUCUUACAUUUUUCAUCGUUGUCUUUGUGGAUUUCCAAUUACGCACCAGCAGCUUUACCAAAUCAAGCGUGGCUCACCGCCCGUCGGCCGGCGCGCGCCACGGCUCCAUCGGGCAGGUUCCCUCCGCGCACAGCUCGGCUCAUAACAGCAGCAGCAGCAUCAACGGCGGCGGAGGAGAAUCCAAACUCAGUGAAAAUAACGGAGGAGAGUCGGUGGCUGAGCGCGUCCACGCCACGCAGCCCAAACUCAGACUGGAUGACAUUUACGUGGCUGUAAAAACCACCGCGAGGUUCCACAAGACGCGUCUCGCGCUCCUUUUGGACACUUGGAUCUCAAGGACCAAGGCGCACACAUUCAUUUUCACAGACAAAGAGGAUGAAGAAUUAAGUUCAAAGGGUUAUAACAUGGUGGUAACGGGGUGCCAAUCAGAUCACAGCCAGCAGGCUCUGUCCUGCAAGAUGUCCGUCGAGUACGAUGGCUUCAUGGCCUCAAACAAGAGGUGGUUUUGCCACGUUGACGACGAUAACUAUGUGAACCCAGAGGGUCUCCUCUCUCUGCUCUCAACGUUCCCCCAGGAGGGCGAUAUCUACGUGGGCAAGCCGAGUCUGGACAAACCCAUCACUGCUCACGAACUGCUGGACGGAAAUAAAACGGUGAACGUGCGGUUCUGGUUCGCCACGGGAGGUGCCGGGUUCUGUCUGAGUCGAAGGCUGGCAGAAAAGAUGUCUCCUUGGGCCAGCGGCCCGCACUUCGAGCGGACAUCGGCCAGAAUCCGUCUCCCGGACGACUGCACCGUGGGCUUUAUCGUCGAGAAGAUGCUGGGCGUCGCCAUGGUCCACUGUCCUUUGUUCCACUCACAUUUAGAAAACCUGCUUCUAAUAAGUCAAAGAAGCCUCCCGCAGCAGGUAACCCUGAGCUAUGGGAUGUUUGAGAAUAAGAUGAACAGCAUCGAGGUAAAGGGAAGCUUUUCUAAGGAGGAGGACCCCUCCAGGUUUAAAACUGUCCACUGCAUCCUGUAUCCUGCCACCAGCUGGUGUCCUCCGGUCACUUGAGAGAAAGCUCUUUUCCUGCUGGGUAAAAAGAAAGAAUCGUUCCCUGGAUGUUUUUUCUUCUGCGCAGAGGGGGGAAAAAAAACCAUGAUUUAUUUUCAUGGAAUACAGAAGGAACUGGGGUCGAACCAAAUAUUCAACAUGAUGAAACUGCGUCCUCCCACAACUCAUGAAUGCGUUGCAUGUUCGGCGGAAAGCACUGUAAAGACAUCUCCUCUAUUCUUUCGCUGCUGUUUUAAAACCUGCUACAAAAAAUAAUGUUUUGUCUCUUUUUACUUUAACUUAAGCACUUACUAAAGGGAACAAAUGUGAUUUUUUUGUUUUCAAGAUUUUCAUGACUUCUUGGCAGAGAUUUCUGGAUAAUAAUGUUUCAGUUUAACAGAAAUGACUUUUUUUUAAUGUGAAUUAUGCUUCUAAUUGUCAACAAUGUUCAUUAAUCAAUGCGGGCAGCAAUAAAGUAAUGCGAGCCGUUACGGGUCGAGCCGACGCGCCGUCGUGGUGUGUUUACUGUUCUGAAGGAGAUGUCGUCCUUGCACCUACAGCAUGAAGCCUGCACACAAUGAACCGCCUUGACUCACAUCUCCCUCGGCCAAACCUCUCAUCCUCUCCUUUAUUUUCUCACUUCCUCCCUCCCUCCAUCCCUCCACCCCUCCAUCUGUCUCGCUGCCCACCGCUCCCACCUCCUUUCCGUUUGCUACGCAUCAGCCGUAUUCCUGAACGCCUCGAGGCGGAGAGCGCCCGAGAGCAAAACGCUCUUCCACUCUUCCCUGAUUGUCAUGUUUAUUUUUUAAAUUCAUCCCCCCACCCUCACCUAGCCUCCGCUCCUUCACAUUGACAGCAAAACACUCAAGGUGCGACGAUGAGAGCAACCGACGUUCCCGGUCUCCUGUUGAGAGAAGAAAGCGGCCUGCGUUCGCAGGGAAAGGAAAUCUCAUCAAGUCGGACAGGUCGGGUUCAGAAUACCAACGGCGCGAUGAUAUGCACGCAAUCAGGCGUCAGGGUAGGAAUGAACGGCGGGGGCCGUGCGAAGAGCACCUGAGGAGAGUGAUGACACCGCGCUCGCCGGCCCGUAGUUUGCUUGUUUGGUGUGAAUGGAGACGUGAUGAAUACAAAUAACAUUGUCGGAAGCGUCCGGGUCUGACCUUGCCUGCAGAAGACGGAAGUUAGUUUGGAGAGAGCGUGUGACUUUAAGAGAUAAUGAUGGAAGCAUGAAGACCCACUUGAGAGGAGUAAAUAGGAAGUUGAGUUGAUGGGAAAUGUAAAGUCGAUUGAUGGGAAAAGUGCUGUUUUUUUUUCCUCCUACAUUUGUUUAAUUCAGUGUGUUUCACAUUUUAUCAGUGGGAAAUAAGAUGUUGAAGUAUGGAAAUGUUUAACUGCCAGAGCUUGGACAAAAAUUCAGACAACUUUCAAGUCAUAGCAAGAUUUUUAAGAAGUUAUUACGAGACAUAUCUCAGUAAAAUUUAAAAAUCUUUCCUGUAAAUAAGACCGAUUGUAACAAAACACUAAGACAGUAACAUCUGAUUUUUUUAUAUGUCAUCUAGAAGAAACGGGGUAAAAAGAAGAGACAGAAGUCGUCACCUGUCAGAGGAGAGUGUCGUUACAUCUCAUUAAAAUUAGAAAGUUUUCUUAUUUCAACGAGUUUUGUAUCUUGUUAUAAUGAGAAAGUUUGUCGUGUUAACUAGUUUUGGAUCGACAGCGAUAAAGUUUUCACAUUUCAUCAGGUUUUGCAGCUAUAAUGAGAAUUGUUUGCAUUUCAACAGGUUUCUCUUUAAAACGAGAGUUUUCUUGUUUUAUUGAAAAACCUUCUUGUUAUAGUGAGAUACCGCUCUUGAAUACAUUUCCCAGCUCUGGCAGUGAAACGAUUCCACACUAAAGAGCUCAUAGUGAAGAUCUUUAAAGGUAAAAAAAAAAAAAAGUCACGUUGGUGAUUGUCAUAAUGGAAAGGGAAAUGUCAUGAGCUCUCAGGAUAAUCUGGAUGUGUUGUACGUCUUUAUUUGGGGGGAGAAUUCAGAUUUCACCCAUCAGAUUUGGUCUGAUGGGUUUGACUGAGACAUAUGUUUGAAAGCAAAGUUAUUUGAGAAACAAAUCUUUGUUUUUGUGUUUGUGUAUAUUUUAUUGUUAAGGCUAAGGAUGGCAAAAAGUGAUGAGUAUAUAAUUCAUGCCUGCGUCGAAGCAUGUCGCCUCGAGAAUCACAAAGUUCACUGAAACCUCCGGCCUGCCUUGGCCGUAUGCAUUUAAACUAUGUAGAAUUUAUCCUUACGUGACACCAGGAGCUUGAUUUUGGGUUUAUCAGAGAAUAACAGUGGAGAGCAAAAAAGAACAAAGACACUUUGUGUUUCACAGUAAACAUGUGUGAUUAAGAGGAUUUCUCAAAUAAAUCAGAUGGACCCCUGAAACGUAAACGGCUUUCAGUUUACACACGGACCUUCUCAAUGAGUUCUUCACUCUUUAAUCUACUCUUGGAAUGGAUUUAUAUUAACAUCUUCUUUAAAAUGUGUGCAGACAAGCUUUGGCACUGCUACAGUUCCAUAUGUUCGUGUCAUAUACGCAACAAACUGUUUAAACGCAGAUUGAUGGGGUUUUCCCCCCUUCUUUCAUUUACUAGGAAUUACAGUGGCAGAAAAUUCAGGUAUUUAAAAUGAUGUCUAAUUAUAUAACACUUAUCCCUUUGCAUAAAUAAGAGAUUUUUAAAUUGAGUUAUUUUUUUGUGGUCUGCUAAUCCGUGAGGUCUCAAAGAAGCCUUCCCAUGUGUUGUGUCUGCACGUCUUUCCUUUUAGCCCUUCUUUUGGCGGUGCCCAAAGGGGUGAGAGGUUUGUGUCCCCCUGCCCACUGCUUGCCUUUGACCCGAGUAUAGUAGAUUUAAGGCCCCUGCUGUCCAUAAUCAGAACUAACUGUGGGAGCAGGGGACCGGGUCAAUUGGAAGCAGAGUGUUACAGCUGUCAGAGGAGCAGUGCCUCACUUCUCCUCUGUCCGUCACAUUAAAUCGAUGGGGGCUUUUCAAAGGGCAAGAGAGGAAGAAAUGAUGCCCAGGAAGAAUAAAAUGAUGGAGGAGCCAACAGGGGGACACUGACAGCUAGGCAGAUUUCUUUUUUAAUGUUUUUCCCUAAUAAAGACGCAACACACAUAAAAUCCUCAAAGAUUUGGCAAACCUUGAACAGCACGUAGGCAUAACAGGCGAUUCUCUACAGCUGCUUUUGUCCAGUUUAUCCAGCAGGAGGUUCUCAGUCCACAUCAGUGAAUCUCCACAGGGCUUCCUUUUAAGCCAUUUGAGGGUUUUUUUAAAAGGUAUGCUGCAUUUUUAUUAAAUAUUUUCCCUUCUAAGGCUUCAAAAGCAUUGAAAGGAUUGUAUAUAUUCUACAAGAAUGAAGAGAAUUCCUCUCAGAAGAAGUCAUGUCAGUAUUUCCUUACAGGCUUGGCUGGGGGAGUUCUCGCAACUUGUGUUAUCUGGGAGGAACUUUUGUCUUGUGCAGUCUCAUCAACUUGAAGCGGGUAUGGUCAAUGUGGAAAAGCACAUUUCCACAUUGUGCUUUUUCCACAUUGUGCUGAUGAAACUGGGAAUAGUUUCCCGCUGGUGCAGACUGUCCAGACGUUGUCCUCAAAUUGCCACUUCCAACUAAAGAACACAUUGAAAAGCACUCUUGAUAAACGCGAACACGCCUUUAGACCGCUGCCUCAGUGUACACAGCUACUGCAUGACUGUUUACAGGCACUGCAAAAUCAGAACAUGCAACGCGCACGAUGACCUUAUUGUGUCGUAUUCCCAACGAUUUUAAUUUUGUUUGUUUGUUUGUUUCUUAACAUUCUUAAUGUUUAAGCCCCACCACAUCUGCUCUUAGGUCACACAUUCAUUUUUCUUUAGAUGUUCCAAAAACUAAACUACAAAAUUGUGAUAUUGCUUUUGUUGUUAUGGCUUUUAUUGACAAAAAAAAAAAAAAAAUCCCCCAAAGCUUUAAAAAUGUAACCGGGUCAUUUUUAUGACUGACUUUUAUUCCUUGGCAUUUGUUUGUUUUCUACAUGUAUUUUGAUUCUACUACAUCUACUACUGCAUUUUACUGAUUUCUUAAAUUACUAUACUACUUUGUUAGUCUUUACUCAUUCUUCCUGCCUCUUUGUUUUGUGGUUUUACUGUAUUGCGAAUAUUACUUUAUUGCUCUUGAAUAAUUUUAGGCAUUGCUGCGCAGCUCUUUUCUGAAAGUUGUAUAUAUGUAAAAUCAACCAUAACAUUCGUACCAUGGUAUAACCAGCGCUGCCUUUGGUAUCAACAUGUCCUACAUGUGUAAUCAUCCUGUAAAAGUCAUCAACUUACCCAACAGCUGGAGUUUUCUCACUCCACGACGUCAUCUUGUCUGGUUUUCAGCGGCUGAAGUUUCUCUCUCUCUUCAUGGUCCUGCGGGUCAAACAGUCCCCAGUAAGUGGACAAUCUGUACUCCUCUGCAGUUACAUCACCACGUAAGCAAGUUUGCUGUGGUUCGAUUCUCAGUGUAGGAGUUCCUGGUCAACCAGGCAACCCAUUACCUCCUGCUUCUGGAGUAUUCCCAGUUUGUCUAUCUAGCCUCUGGCCUUCCUGUUUAUCCUGCAGGUCCUGUUGUUCAUCUUGCACAUUUUCUUGGUCAUUAAAUCUCUCAUAACUCUUCCUGGAUUGUGGUCUGAGUUUUGGGUCCAACCCAUAUGUUGCCUGUUUUUGCAUUAAAAAAAAAAAUUACUUGAUUUUUGUAUGUUAAUAAUGCAUUUGCCAGGGGAAAGAGUUUGUGGAUAAAGCUGUGGUUGGUAAGUAAUUUUAAAGUACAUUUGACUUUCUGUGUUUUCAGUUGUCGGGGUUUAAAUCUGGCAUGUGUGCAUUUCUGAAAAGUAGACUUCUAAAAAUGUGGUCAAACAAUCAUUUGGCAAGAAAAAUGGUGCUAAUUUUGGCAUGAUUUGUCAAUUCAGCUACUGAAUAAAAAUAUGAAAUUGAGAAUGUCUUAUUCCAAACAGCAGUGGCAGAACAUUCAAGAUUACUACUGAACAAGACAGAACCUCGCCCUUCCAACACAUGGCAAUAACUUUGUCCACAUUUGCUUCUUUUAGAUUAAGUUUGACAUUUUCUUCUCUUCCAGUGUCACCAUUAGUGCCAAACGUUUUCUCUAAUUCUUGAAUGGUCCCACAUUUAACCAGGCACUAAAAAUGCAACACAUUAAACCCAAAUCGUUUUUGAAAAGUAAAAAAAAAGAAUUCAAAGAAUGGACUUUAAAAAGACAACAACUCUAGGCUCUGUAGGUUAUUAACUAUUUAGAACCUGUUAGUUUUUUGAACAUUGUCUUUGGCGCUGUCUAAGAACUCUGUCAAAUAUGUUUAGACACUCUAAAACCUCUG